UAAAUGAAGAACCAUUCAGUGCAGACUGAAUUCACUCUUUUGGGUCUGACAGAUGAUCCUGGGUUACAGGUUGUAAUUUUCCUGUUUCUAUUUUUUACCUACAUAUUGAGUGUGACAGGAAACUUAACCAUCAUCUUUCUUACUCUGCUGGAUUCCCACCUUAAGACACCAAUGUAUUUUUUCCUACGGCAUUUCUCCUUUUUAGAAAUCUCAUUCACAACUGUCUGUAUUCCAAGAUUCCUGGUAAGUCUUGUGACAAAGGACAGAACUAUAUCCUAUAUGGGUUGUAUGACUCAGUUAUUUUUCUUCAUCUUCUUGGGGGUGACUGAGUUUUACCUUCUGGCUGCCAUGUCCUAUGACCGCUAUGUGGCCAUCUGUAAACGCCUUCAUUAUACCACCAUCAUGAGCAAUAGAGUUUGUUACCAACUUGUUAUCAGCUCUUGGAUAACCGGAUUCCUGAUUAUUUUUCCCCCAGUGAUUAUGGGACUCAAGUUGGAAUUCUGUGCUUCCAAUGUCAUUGAUCAUUUUAUUUGUGAUUCUUCUCCCAUCCUACAGAUCUCUUGCUCGGAUACACAUUUCCUAGAACUGAUGUCUUUUUUCUUGGCUGUAGUGACACUGAUGGUCACAUUGAUGUUAGUGAUUCUUUCCUAUGGCUACAUCAUCAAGACAAUUCUCAAAUUCUCUUCUGCUCAGCAAAGGACCAAAGCCUUUUCCACCUGCUCAUCACACAUGAUUGUUGUUUCCAUCUCUUAUGGUAGUUGCAUCUUCAUGCACAUAAAACCAUCAGCAAAUGAUAGAGUGACUUUAAGCAAAGGUGUAGCUGUGCUCAAUACCUCAGUUGCCCCCUUAUUGAACCCCUUCAUUUACACUCUAAGGAACCAGCAGGUGAAACAAGCCUUCAAGGAUAUGGCCCAGAAAGUUUUAUUUGCCUCAAACAAAUGAGAAAAUUUAAAAAACUAUG